CAAUCAAAGCUUAAAGACGCUAGUUUCCUGAAAUGUGCAGUAGCUAUCAUAUUAAAUUCGCGGGUUGCACAGACCUCAGAACUUUCCUGAAUUUGUUACAUUGCGUAAAUAUAAUUUAUAUAAUUUGCAGUUUGGACUGCAAAUUCGUAAAAUACACCAUUGACCAUUGAAGUCAAGUUCUUCUACAUAGACUACUGUAGGGAAUGGCAGAUAAACUGCUAUUCGAUGCGAGGAAGGAGUUGGUGGAGAGAGUAUCGAGCCAUGUGCUCUUGCAGCUGCUGGAUGACCUUUUGCAGGACAGGGUUCUGAACGACGGAGAAAAGGACGCUGUGAUCGAGGAGAACAAAAGCACAGCAGAUAAGGCACGAUGCCUCUUGGAUAAAGUGCGAAAGCGAGGCCCGAAGGCUAGUGGGAAAUUCAUCUCCCGGCUGCAGGAACGAGACCCUGACCUGUGUGAGCUCCUGAACCUGGGCCCGGUCUCGCCACCUGCACCGCCAUCCCCAUCGGAGCUGUCCCUCCCGCUCCCUCAGCAGGAGGUGACCUGCUCGCCAUCUCAGCAGGAGCCUAGCGCAGUGCUCAUCCCCUGCACCCCACAGUUCAAGAAGGCCCUGCUGGAGAAGGAGGGGGCUGAGAUUUACCCCAUGAAGGAGAAGGGUCAGCGCAAGCGCAUGGCUCUGCUCAUCAACAAUGUCAAGUUUGACCACCUGUCUGAGAGGCGCGGGGCCGAAAAAGAUGUAGAAAACAUGGAGGAACAACUGAAAGCACUGGACUACACUGUGGAGACACACAGGGAUCUGUCUGCCCAGGACAUCAAUGAAGCUGUCAAAGGGUUCUCUCAGCAUCAGGCCCAUUUGGAGUCGGACAGCACGUUUGUGGUGAUCAUGUCCCAUGGAAAGAGGGAUGCCAUCUGCGGGAUCCACUAUAACCCUAAACACCCCCAGGAAAAUAACCUCUUCCUCAUUGACAAUAUCUUCACACACCUCAACACAGAGAACUGUGCUGGGCUGCGCAACAAACCCAAAGUCAUUGUGAUCCAGGCGUGCAGAGGGGGUGAAAUCGGGACAGUCUGGGUGAGUGACAGUGCUUCCGCGCCCAAAUCUCUGGAGGAUGACGGCAUGUGGAGGGAACUCAAGGAGAGAGAUUUUGCCUGUCUCAUGGCCUGCACCCCUGACAAAAAGUCCUACAGACAUCCUGAGAAAGGAGCCAUUUUAAUCCAGAAGCUUGUGGAGACCAUCAAUACACACGCCCACAAGGACCAUAUUGAGGAACUGUUCCGGAAGGUUAGGAAUCAGUUUGACCGUUCCAAAUUUCAGAUGCCAGUCACAGACAGAACGUCUUUGGGCAAGAAGUUCUACUUAUUCCCUGGACUGUGAUCCCUGCCUUCACCGGCCUAUUCCAGAUGAAUCCACUUUUUAAAAUCCAGAUUAGUCAACUGCUCUCUUAAUCCAGAUUAGUCAACUGCUCUCUUAAUCCAGAUUAGUCCACUGCUUGCUCUGUUAAACCAGAUUAGUCCACUGCUUGCUUUCUUUAUCCAGAUUAGUUAUUGUAGGCAGCUCUUGUUGUGUUAAUUAUGACAUAAAAUAGCUCCAAUAAUACAAAUUGUAAGAGACGUGUCCAAUUAAAUCAAUUUUCUAUCUGCAAAA